AUGGCAAGAAAAUCUGGAUCAAAAAAUCAGGGGAACAAGCAUGGAAAUGGUAAGUCGAAACCUCGAGGUCCAUCAUCUGAUUCUCAAGCUCUGAAAACUCCCUCAUUGGAGGAAGUUCUUGGGGUGGAAGCAAUUGAUUUUGGCAUUGAGAAUGAAGUGCUGACGCCUAAAUCGAGUUUGCACCCACUUCAAAUUCGCUCUGAAUUGCGACAUUCUUUCAAUGAUUACUUGCAAGCAAUACACAAUUCCAAUGGUAUUGCGAGUCGCACUCAAUCCAGAAACAAUUUGGACGUAGGUACAAUCCCUAUCCUACUUGAUGAAACUGUUGAUGAUAAUACUGAUGAUGAAUCGAAUAAUAUUGUGAUUGAUAAUGAGGUUGGGAAUAAAGUUGAACCUCUGGAUGUGAAUGGUGAUGAUUCUAAUGAGACUGAACCCAAUAAUCCUGUAGAAAUUGAGUUGGAAGAUAUUCAGGAAGAGGUUGAGUUUUGGAUGUCAGCUGUAGUUUGUUAUGUUGUGGGUGCUAAUCCUCCAAUUAAUGUUAUGGAGGGAUUCAUUAGGCGCAUCUGGAAACAUUUGAAUGUUGAUAAAGUGGUUAUGGUGAAGAGGGGAGUAUUCAUUGUUAGAUUUCUAACCAUGGACUCGAGGGAUAAGGUCUUAAAUGGCCAUUACUUUUUUGAUAGCAAACCCUUAAUAAUGAAGCCAUGGGAUUCUGAUAUGGACAUGGAUAGAGAGGAGGUGAAAUCUGUGCCUAUUUGGGUGCAAUUAAAGCUUGGUUUCAAAUACUGGGGGGAGAGAGCUCUGUUCAAGAUCAUUAGCCAAAUAGGGAAACCUAUUAAGAGAGAUCAAGCUACAAUAAAUAGGGACAAGUUGCAAUUUGCUCGAGUAAUGGUGGAUGUUCCAUUAUCUAAGGAGCUCCCUGAUUGUAUUUCCUUUAGAGAUGAGAAUGGAUUGAUGGUGAAAGUAGGAUUGUAUUAUGAAUGGAGGCCUACAUUGUGUUCUAAGUGCAAGAUGAUAGGACAUUUGCAGGAAGAGUGUAGACAGGGCAAAGCUAAAAGAGUAUGGGUGCAGAAGGCUAAGCAAGUGCAGCCAGAUGUAACACUGCAUACUGCUACAAGUCCAGUGGUUGAUCCAGAUGGGUUCCAAAGAUCUCUAAGACCUAUUAGAGUUAGAACAUCUCCAAGGGAACCAGUGUGUGUGAUGAUGCCAACAUUGGUGAGGAACAUAGAGUUAUUACUCCUGGAAGGGGGGACCCUUCCCACCCUCAUGGAUAGAAUAGCUGCUUGGAAUGUCAGAGGCCUUAACUCACUUCAGAAGCAGAAUGAAGUUAAACACUUCAUUCAGAAAUAUGAAGUGGGAUUGGUGGGGCUUCUGGAGCAUAAGGUGAAGCUGCCUAACCUGGGUAAGCUUUAUCAGAAAGUUUUUGCAAAGUGGUGUUUUACUAGUAAUGCUAGUUAUCAUCCUGGUGGUAGAAUAGUUGUAGCUUGGAAGGCUGGUAGCUUCAAUGUCAAUAUAGUUGCUGCAUCUAGUCAGUUUUUGCAUUGUCAUAUUACUCCUGCUAGUGGUAUGCCUGCUUUUUUCUGUACUUUCAUAUAUGCACAUAAUGAAGCUGGGUUGAGAGAGGAUCUAUGGAGAGAUUUAAAUCUAAUUCAUACUGCUGCCCCUUGGAUUUUAUGUGGAGAUUUUAAUUGUGUUAUGGCCCCCGAGGAAAGGAUAGGUGCUCCUGUUAAGCAAUGUGAUAUAGUGGAAAUGUGUGGGUGUAUGCAUAAUUGUGGUAUGGAGGAUUUGAAGAGUGUAGGGAAUUUGUUUACUUGGAAUAAUAAACAACAAGGGAGUAAGAGAGUCUUUUCAAAGAUUGAUAGAAUGUUAUCAAAUCAAGCAUGGCUAGAUGUUUAUCCUGAUGCAAAAGUUUGUUACCUACCUGAAGGUCAGUUUGAUCAUUCCCCAGGGUUACUUACUGUUUAUCCUAGAGUAAAUGGAGGAAAAAAACCUUUUAAAUACUUUACUAUGUGGAAAUCAUCUCCAGUUUUUACUGAUACUAUUAAGACAGCCUGGAACACUCAGAUUGGGGGGAGUAAAAUGUUUAUAGUUGUCAGCAAGUUGAAAAAAGUGAAGAUUGCUCUGAAGGAUUUGAACAAGAGUGGUUUUACUGAUGUGCAUGCUUCUAACUUGAGAGCUCACAAUGAGCUCAUAGCAGCUCAAGGAGCUAUGCAUAAAGAUCCCACUAAUAUGGAGCUAGCUGAUGCUGAGUUGAGAGCUAUUCAUGAGUACAAAGAGAAGCAUAAGAUUUAUUUAGAGUUUUUGAGCCAAAAAGCUAAAGUAUCAUGGCUAAAAGAUGGGGAUGAAAACACUGCUUUGUUUCAUCAGAGUAUCAGAAGCAGAAAUUUGAAGAAUCAAAUUUACAGCAUACAUGAUAUGGGUGGUGUAUGGAAGGAUAAUCCUAAUGAGGUUGCUGAUGCCUUUCUAGAUUAUUACAAGCAGCUGUUGGGGAGUAAACAUGAGAAUAGAACCCCUGUAUUGAAGGAGGUGGUGCAGUUAGGUCCUGUGUGUCAAGCUCAUCACAAAGCAAUUUUAAAUGCAAGUUACACUGCAGAUGAAGUUAGGGCUGCCCUUUUUUCUAUUCCAGGAGCCAAGGCACCUGGUCCAGAUGGAUUUGGCUCUCAUUUUUAUAGAGAUUCUUGGCAUAUUGUUGGUGAUGAAGUGGUUGCUGUUGUUCUUGAUAUGCUGCAGCAUGACAAAAUUUUGAAAGAGUUGAAUCAUACAGUGAUUACCUUGAUCCCAAAAACCAAUUGCCCUAAAGAUGAUCUUGAUGAUGAAGUAGAUGAUGAUAUGGACGAUAACUACUACUAA